AUGGAGGAUUCUGGCAGUAGGUGGUCAAUACCCAUGACUCCUCCACAAUUGAGCUUUGCUGCCAUGGAGGGAAAUCACAGUGCAGAACAGACAGGCCGACAUGUUUACGAGGUCGCGGUGCAGAACAGCUCCACCAACCUCAGCUCCCAGUUUGCAGAUGUGGCUCUGCUGCAGACGUUCAAGCCCCUCAUCAUCCCCUGCUACGUGCUCGUGGUGGUGGUGGGCGUCUUUGGGAAUUAUCUGCUCCUGUAUGUCAUCUGCCGAACCCGCAAGAUGCACAAUGUCACCAACUUCUUCAUCGGGAACCUGGCCUUCUCUGACAUGCUCAUGUGUGUCACCUGCGUCCCCUUCACUCUGGCCUAUGCCUUUAACCCCCACGGCUGGGUCUUCGGAGGCCCCAUGUGCUACCUGGUGUUCCUCAUCCAGCCGGUCACAGUCUACGUGUCAGUCUUCACGCUCACUGCUAUUGCUGUGGACAGAUAUUAUGCAACAGUUCAUCCCCUGAAGAAGCGUACCUCUGUGGCGACCUGCGCCUGCGUCCUGACCGGCAUCUGGCUGCUGUCCUGCGGCCUGGUGACCCCCGCCAUCACACACACAUACCAUGUGGAGUUCAAAGAGGAAGGCUUCAACAUCUGUGAGGAAUUCUGGUUGGACAAAGAGAAAGAGAGACGUGUGUAUGCAUACAGCACCCUGCUGGUCACGUACGUCCUGCCGCUUUCUGCUGUCUUUGUGUCUUACCUCUGUAUCACUGUCAAACUGAAGAAGUGUGUCGCUCCUGGCCACCGGACACCAAACCAGACGGGAGCUCAACAGGCUCGCAAGAGGAAGAUCUUCCGCCUGGUUGCCCUCCUGGUGACGGCCUUUGCAGUGUGUUGGCUUCCCAUUCAUGUGUUCAAUGUGCUGCGAGACAUAGACAUCCACCUCAUUAACAAGCGCUACUUUUUACUCAUCCAACUGCUGUGCCACCUGUGUGCCAUGAGCUCCUCCUGCUGUAACCCCUUCCUGUACGCAUGGCUACACGACCGCUUCCGCACCGAGCUACGGAAGAUGUUCAAGUGCCAUCGUCGCAUUGGAGUGCCGGCUAAUAACUGUGGAAGUGUGGUCUUGUAAUUACCUGAUCAUUUGCUAUUAUAUCAGUGUCGGUAGGUUUCUCAUCUGGAGUGCAAGUGGAGUCUUUAGAUCAAACUGAAAUACGGCCACCAGUAAAAUCCACAGAAACUUACAAUACAAUUCAGCCAUUAUUCAUUCAAGGUGGUCUGUUGGCAGGGGGUGGCUCUGGAAGAAAGGUCAAUCUGUUAUGAAGAAUAAAGGGGAAUUUUGAAGGUUAUCUCUCCAUCACAGUUUGAGAUAUAAGAAAAACUGACGGGACCAACUGGUGCUCAUCCUCUGUGGAUCAUGAACAUAUGUCGAUGUUAUCGCAAACCAGCAAUACAUCUUGUACAAUGGGUUCAUGAAUGUGCCAAAUAAAGUUCAUGACCAUGUGCCAAUUCCAUGAAUCUAAAGAGCAGAUGAUGUAACUGUAGCAUCAUCUACUGCAUUGCAUUUCUUGAAAAUUAGGC